UUCAAAAUUUAUUUAUAAAAAAUUUUCAAAAAUUUUGAUUUUAAUUUAUCUAAAUUUUCUGUAUAUAAAAAUGAAUGGUAGAAUAACAAACUUUAUAUUAUCCAUUGGUGGACGCCAGAUACGUACACUCAGCACGAAUGGAUUAAUGGAUGCAGAAAAAUACAAAAAUUUAAAAAAGAAAACCGACGAGUAUGCGAUUUUGGCUGACGAAAAGAAUCAAGGCACAAUCAAGCGCAAUCAAAAACUUCCAAGUUCUGCCUUGAACGAAAACGCAAGAAAGAUGCCAGCAGACAAUGAAAGGAACCAAGGCACUUCAUCUGGCAGUCGGCAGCAAAUUAGUACCCGGACCAAACGCAGGAGAGUGACGUGUACUGUUUCCAGACAAUUCGGCACAUAUAGCCAUUCUCGUCUGGAUAACAUUUUUUAUAAGAAUUGCAAAAUCACUACUACUUCUGCGUUAGCCCGGGUUAUCGCUGAGAAGAAGAAAGCUGCAGAUGAUUUGAACACUCCUCGUCGUCCGAAGCGACGAUAUUAGUUUUAUAAAAGCUGCAUGAUCUGGCAUGAAUGUAUCUGGCAAGAAUGUAUCUGGCAGGAAUAUAUCUGGCAGGAAUAUAUCUGGCAGGAAUGUGUCUGGAAUGAAUGGAUCUGGCAUGAAUGUGUCUGGCAGGAAUGUAUCUAGAAUGAAUAUAUGUGACAUGAAUAUAUCUGGCAGGAGUGUGUCUGGAAUGAAUGGAUCUGGCAUGAAUGUAUCUGGCAUAAAUGUAUCUGGCAUGAAUGUAUCUGGAAGGAAUGUAUCUGGCGUCCACUGUAUAUUUUUUACCAACGUUUUUACCUAAAUUUAUCUAUAAAACAAUAAAAAAAAU